AUGGCUUCUCCAUUUGGAUGGUUUCCUUCAAAUGAAUUUGCUCACAUUAAAUCAUCUAGCUCUUCAUCUUCAUCUUCAUCUUCAUCUUCAUCUUCAGAGGAGGAAGAACUUCUUUCUCUUCGUAUGGAGAAAGAAUCUCAAGAAAUGAUUAAUUUUAUCCCUGGGCGUUUUAGGAUGCGCAGGGAGUUGUUUCUUCAUAUUCAGAUUGAUAUUGAAAAGCAUAACAGAUACUUCAUCCGAAAGAGAGAUGGACGUGGUCGUCUUGGCUUCUCAUCUAUUCAAAAGAUAACUGUUUCACUUCGGAUUCUUGCUUAUGGAGCAUCCGCUGAUUACUGUGAUGAAUAUUUGAAAAUAGGGGAGGCCACUGCUAAUGAAACUUUAAGAGAGUUUUGUUCAUCGAUAAUUGAACUUUAUGAAGAACAGUACUUGCGGUCACCAAAUGCACAUGAUAUCCAUCGUCUCCUACAAGAAGGUGAAUCCCGAGGUUUUCCAGGUAUGCUUGGAUCUUUAGAUUGUAUGCACUGGCAAUGGAAAAAUUGUCCAACUGUUUGGCACGGCACACACAGGGGUCACCACCACAAACCAACUUUAAUUUUAGAAGCAGUUGCAUCGCAUGAUACAUGGAUUUGGCAUUCUUUUUUUGGCAUGUCGGGUGGAAAUAAUGAUAUUAAUGUCUUGGAUCAUUCUCCACUGUUUGAUAAUAUCAUACAUGGUAGAAUGCCUCCAGUUAAUUAUACGGUGAACGGUCGUUCAUAUACGAUGGGUUAUUACUUAACUGAUGGUAUUUACCCCAAAUAUGCAACUCUUAUUCAAACCAUUGCUCAUCCCACCACUGCGAAAGAAAAAUUAUUUGCGGCAAAACAAGAAUCAGUUAGACAAGACGUGGUGCGUGCAUUUGGUGCUCUACAAAUUAAAUGGGGUAUAACGCAAGGACCCGUUCGAUAUUGA